UCUACCAUGUUUAUUUUGUUAUUGGACGCUGUUGGAUUGGAAACGGAUUUUGAUCAUUUCGCUGCUAACGAUAAUUUAAAACUUGAGAGAAGCGUCUGUCUGGUUCCUUUAAAUUCGGGAAAAACUAUAAAUCGCUGGCACUUAACCUCCCACCAACAAAUAAGUUCAUCAGAAGCUGCUCAUUUUUGGAUCCUAAAAUGUGCGACGAAGCCGCCACCGAAAAUGUGGAGCAUCAAGACCACCAUGUGCACUUUGACACGAACACGGUGAAGGAUGCCUUCGAGUCGGACAGUUGUGUCACAUAUCAAAGGUCGGGCGACACGAUUGUUGUUAGCCUGGGCUUUCUACAGAUCAACCAUCGCUACCUGAUCGACUUGAAAGUGCCAACGUCGCUUUUUGGCGACGCGGGGACGCUGGGCAGCAAGUUUGAGCCAGUGGUCAGUGCCACACCGAGUCUGCACUGCAGGAUCACGGAGUUCGCGGGCACCAAGCAUGACGAGCACGACUUUUUCGAGAUGAAAAUCGAGUUCUUCGCCUACAAGGAGAAGCUGCUGCGCGAGGUUCUUCACAUCGUCAGCUCGUCGAAUGACAAGGAGCUUCUGCAACUGGUGAUCGCCGCCCGGGUUUUGGGAAAGGGCAAGGGAACGCCCAUGCUGCGCACCGGGAUCCACUGCAUCGGCGUGGAAAGGGAUGAGGACGAGUCGGAGGCAUCGGAUUUCGCUGGCUUUGAUAGCAAGCCCUAAACUGGAACCCUUGUUCUCGCCUUGCCGCAACUUGUUUUCUUAGUUAAUUGCAGAUAUUUACAUAGUUCUUAAGUUAAGAAUAACAUGUAACGUUAGUUAUUACCUACAUAGCAAUCAAUUGUGUAUGUGAAACUCAUUGAGCAUUUACAUUUAGGUUUCGGUUUCAGUUUUGCUUGUUGUACUUAACAUUUGUAAAUUACCCGUGUCCGCAAUUGUCAAGUUUGUAUUACACAUGAGUGGGCAAACUGCCAGGAAUUCUUGACUUCUGUAUUGUUAUUCAUGACCGUGUUAUGUUCAAAUAUCUUGAUUUUGCCAGUAAGAUUAAAAUGUAUUUGCAAUUCGUCAUCAGGUGAAUUUUUGUUUUAUUUCCACUUUUAAAGCCAUAAAAAGUGUAUUAUGAUUAAUGGAGUUAUCUGAUGAAUUAAACUGCGAUUAAGAGUCAAUUUGAUAACGUUUUUAAUACUGCAAAAUAUUUUAAUUAUUAACCAAACAAUUCAUUCUUUCUUUUAUCAAUAUUAUGUCCCAAUUUAAACGGUUUUAAAACUUAAAAUUGCACUGUACAUACAUAAAAUCAAACAUAUUAUCUUUAAACUGCACCAAAUACAAAAUAUUCUCACAAAAAAUAUCUAAACUCAGUACAUACACAGAGACCAAACUUUAGACCCUUUCCAAAUGUGUAUAGUACUGCAUGCAGGCUAUUAAUUUACCCAAUUUUACCCAAACCAGAUGCAAUUUAUUGUGUGACCAAAUCAAGGUGCUUGAUAAGACAUUUAUGCAUUAACCGAAGCAAGAUAUUAAAUCUUUUUGACUAAAGUUAGCCCACAGACAUAUUUACCAAGGGCGUUUUGAUAACCUAUUCAUGUUUAUAACAUUUUGCACUGUCGAAUGUAUAAAAGGGCACCGUAACCGAUUAACUAGAUUUUGUAAACUUAAAAUCUAUGAAAAAUGUAUCAAGGUUCAAAAAAUUACCAGCAUAGAGGAACCCAUUAUAACAUCAUACAGAAUUUAAGUAAAUGAUAAUUAGGCACCUAGCUGCUUAGGAAGCCGUAAAUAAAAGAUCGUUUAAAACCUAAAAGCUAAA